GCUCGAAUCUGGAUUCCUGAUGUUGAAAAUGUAUGGAGAGCAGCAGAAUUAUUAGAAGACUAUACAGGACAGAAAACAACAGCUAUAAAAUAUGAAGAGGCUGAGGAAUCAACAUUAGACAUAGAUAAGAAUAAUUUACCACAUCUAAGGAAUCCAGAUAUUUUAAUUGGUGAAAAUGAUUUAACCUCACUUAGUUAUUUAAAUGAACCUGAAGUAUUAUAUAAUUUACGAGUGAGGUUUUUAGAGUCUAAUCUUAUUUAUACUUAUUGUGGUAUUGUGUUAGUGGCUAUUAAUCCUUAUGAACAACUUGAUAUCUACAGUAAUGAUAUUAUACAUGCCUACAGUGGACAGGAUAUGGGGGCUAUGGACCCUCAUAUCUUUGCUGUUGCUGAAGAGGCUUUUAAACAAAUGUCUCGGUUUGAGAGGAAUCAGUCUAUUAUUGUAUCUGGUGAAAGUGGUGCUGGUAAAACUGUCUCAGCUAAAUAUGCCAUGCGAUAUUUCGCUACAGUGGGCGGGUCCCAAACUGAAACACAAGUUGAGAAAAAGGUGCUGGCAUCUAAUCCUAUUAUGGAGGCCAUCGGAAAUGCUAAAACUACCAGAAAUGAUAACAGUAGUAGGUUUGGUAAAUAUAUAGAACUAGGUUUUAGCAGAUCAAAUUCUAUUAUUGGUGCUAAUAUGAGAACAUAUCUGUUGGAAAAAUCACGAGUUGUGUUUCAAGCUCAAGAUGAGAGAAAUUACCAUAUAUUUUAUCAGAUGUGUGCCUCUGCUCAUAUACCAGAAUUCAAAAAGAUGGAAUUACAGCAUGCUGACGAUUUUUUCUACACAAGUCAAGGAGGUGCUCCAGAGAUCAAUGAUGUUGAUGAUGCUAAAGAUUUGAACAGUACUCGUGAAGCUUUGUCUAUACUCGGUCUGAGUGAACAGCAACAAAUGUCUAUAUUUCAAAUCUUAGCAGCUAUCUUACAUUUUGGUAAUGUCAGUAUACGAGAAGGUGAAGGCGAGACUUGUGAAAUUCCUGAUAAUGAUCAAUCGUUAAAGAUGAUGUGUAAAUUAUUAGCUAUAGAAGAAUCCCAGAUGAAGAUUUGGUUAUGUAACAGAAAAAUUACUACAGUCAAUGAAGUUUUAAAUAAACCUUUAACAGAAAGUCAGGCAAAAGAUUCAAGAGAUGCUCUAGCUAAACAUAUAUACUCUAAUUUAUUUAACUGGAUUGUUACUCAAGUAAACAAAGCUUUACAUAGUACUAGUAAACAACACAGAUUUAUAGGUGUUCUAGAUAUUUAUGGGUUUGAAACAUUUGAAAUAAAUAGUUUUGAACAGUUCUGUAUAAAUUAUGCCAAUGAAAAAUUACAACAAAUAUUUAAUAUGCAUGUGUUUAAACUAGAACAAGAAGAAUAUGUAAGAGAACAGAUAGAAUGGUCAUUUAUAGAUUUCUAUGAUAAUCAACCAUGUAUAGAUCUGAUAGAAAGUAAACUGGGUAUUCUAGAUUUAUUAGAUGAAGAGUGUAAGAUGCCGAGAGGUUCUGAUAGUAACUGGUGUCAGAAGUUAUAUGAUAAACAUUUGGGUAAAUCAAAACAUUUCAAUAAACCCAGAAUGUCACGUACAGCAUUUGUUAUAAUACAUUUCGCUGAUCAAGUCACCUAUACUGCUGAUGGUUUUCUGGAGAAAAAUAGAGAUACAGUUUUAGAAGAACAAAUUAAUAUAUUGAAAGCUAGUGAGAUUGAACUUGUUGGUGAACUCUUCUCUGAAGGAGGUGAAGGUAAAAAAGGUAGAGAAAAGCCAAUUAAACAACAACCUAAAGCAGGCAGUAAACAACAUAAAAAAACAGUUGGAUCUCAAUUCAGAGACUCCUUAUCAUUGUUGAUGGCCACCCUCAACGCUACAACACCACAUUAUAUUAGAUGUAUUAAACCUAAUGAUGAAAAAUGUGCUUUUACGUUUGAUUCGAAGAGAGCAGUAGAACAGCUGAGAGCCUGUGGUGUUUUAGAAACUAUUAGAAUUAGUGCUGCCGGCUACCCAUCUAGGUGGACAUAUCCAGAGUUUUUCCAGAGGUAUAGAGUUCUUGCUAAAACUAAACAAAUUAUUAAAGGCAAUAUGAGGAAAACUUGUGAAUCAAUUUUACCUGAUCUUAUUGCUGAUGAAGAUAAAUAUAGAUUUGGUAAAUCAAAGAUAUUUUUCCGUGCUGGACAAGUAGCUUAUCUGGAGAAGUUGAGAUCAGAUAAAUUACGAGCUUGUGGAAUAAUGAUACAGAAACAUAUUCGUGGUUGGUUAUUAAGAAGAAAAUACAGUAAAAUUAGAAAAUCUGCUCUGUUAUUACAAUGUUAUGGUAGAGGUUUAUUGGCUAGAAGACACGCCCAAUAUCUUAGACAGACUCAUGCUGCUACUGUUAUACAGAAGACAUGGAAGGGAUAUAAAGAUAGAAAACAAUAUAGUAAAUUACGUACUACAAUGUGUGUGUUACAGGCUUGUAUACGAGGUCUCUUUGCAAGAAGAAAGUAUGCCUCUCUCCUUAAAAACCAUAAAGCUAAGAUUAUACAGAGACACGUACGAACAUUCUUGGCUAAACGAAGAUAUAAACAUGUUUUACGGGGCAUUAUAUUGUUACAAAGUCAUUAUAGAAGACGAAAGGCUCGAACUAAACUCAAGAUUUUGAAGGUUGAAGCUAAGUCUGUAGACCAUGUGAAGAAGGUUAACAAAGGUUUAGAAAAUAAGAUUAUUGAAUUACAACAGAAAUUGGACCAAAAGGCCAAAGAAGUUGUAGAAGUGAAACAAGAAGAAGCUAAGAUAGUUCAGUUAAAGUCAGAAAUUACUAAACUUAAAGAAAAUAAGGAAGUGGCUCAAGAUUCUUCCAAUAAGAUCACUGAAUUAUUAGCCGAAAUACAACGUUUGAAGGCUGAAUUAGAAACUGAAAGAGGUGAAAAACAAGACCUCAUUUCUGAGAAAGAACUGAUGAAGAAAGAUCACAACAAGAUCAUAGAUGAAGUUUUAGAAGAAAAAGAGAAAAUCAAAAAUCAACUCAAUCUGGCUCAAGAGAAAUUAAAAGAAGCUGAAAGCAGUACAGCAGACAAGCUAGAAGCAGCUAACAAACUAUUACUAGCAGAGUUUGAAUCAGAAAGAAGUCAUCAUCAGAAAUUAGUCAAAGAGCAUGCCAGAUUACAACAGAGGUUUGAGAAUUUACAAGGAGAAUUAGAAAUAGUGACCAGCCCAACUGGACAUAAACGCACACCAUCAGAUAUCAGUGCUGUCAGUAUUGAAUCCUACAGCAGUUCAGCAGACGCAGAACGAAAUAAUGAAGAGAAAGAAAAAGAAGAGGAAGCUGAGGUAGAUGUCAGUCUGGUUUUAAAACUACAGAAUAAAGUGAAGGAGUUAGAAAAAGAACGACAACAUUUACAAGAAAGAAUUGACAGAUAUGAAGAUAAAAGACUGGACGAACAGAAUAUUGAGGAGGAAUCUCAUUUUCUGGGUGGUGAUAUGGCCUUUCAGAGCCUGAAGAUGCAAGAAUUAGAGAAUGAGAAUGAUAAAUUAAAACGUGAAGUAACAAGAUUAAUGAAUGCUAUAGCUGAAAGUACUGAUCUAGAUGAUAGAAGUGGAGAGUUAUCACCGACUGGCAAGAAAUUUAUGGAGAGAUAUGAUGCUAUGGGAGACGAACUAGACAGAAGAAGGGAAGAAUGUCUACAACUACGUGCUAUGUUAGCUGAUCGUACUAUUUCUACUCAUUCUAUAGCUAAAGAAUCGUACAGUGGACAAGAUAACUUAGUUAAUGAAGAUGAUGAGUUGUCUAUGGCUUAUAAAACACAGAAAGAUCUCAAUAGAUUAUUACAGUCACAAUUAGACAAGACAGAGAAAGAUGCCAAGAGAAUACAGGAUGAAUUAAGGAAGGAAAUAAAGGAAUUAAAGAAAGACAAUGAGAGACAACAGAAACUCAUUGGCCAGAAUCUAUCAUUGGGACCAGAAGCUAAGAUUGAAGCUACUAUGCAACAUGAAAUCACCAGAUUGACCUCUGAAAACUUGGUAAGUUUAAUGUCAAUAUUAUUAUGUGAUCUACGAGAAAUGAUAGAUGAUCAAACUCAACAGAUACGUAAAUUAAAGAAAGUGUUAAAGGUUUAUUCCAAGAAAUUACGAGCCGGUGAAGCUGAGUUAGAUAGAGCAGAAAAUGGUGAAGGUAAUGGUUCACUAGCUACAGUCAAACACAGAGAAAGAACUUUUAUGGGAAUGUUAGAAUUAAAGAAAGAUGAUGAAAAUACCCUGAUUAAAAAUCUUGUUCUUGAUUUAAAACCUAAAGUAGCUGCUGGUUUAAUACCAGGUUUACCAGCCUAUAUAUUAUUUAUGAUUGUAAGACAGACAGAUUUUACUAAUGAUGAUGAGAAAGUCAGAGGUUUAUUAACUAAUACAAUUAAUGGUAUUAAAAAAGUUGUGAAGAGACAUAAUGAUGAUUUAGAUAGAAUAACUCUAUGGUUAGCUAAUACUUGUAGAUUAUUACAUACAUUAAAACAAUACAGUGGUGAAAAGGCAUUCCAACCUGAAAACUCAACCAAACAGAAUGAACAAUGUCUUCGUAAUUUUGAUUUAUCUGAAUAUCGUCAAGUAUUCAGUGAUUUAGCGGUAUGGAUAUAUCAAGGUUUAUUAAAGAGGAUGGAAGAAUUAAUUCAGCCCAGUAUAGUACCAGCCAUAUUAGAACAUGAAGCUAUAUCUGGGUUAAACGCCAGUAAACCAUCUGGAUUACGGGGCCGGUCAUCUAGUAGUGCUAGAGAACUAGAUAGUAAUGACUAUUCUUUAGAUUCACUUAUGAGAUCGUUGAAUAAUUAUAUGAGAAUAGUAACUCAACAUGCUGUAGAUCCUGAACUUGGUAAACAGAUAUUUAGACAGGUAUUUUAUUAUAUCUGUGCUGGUUCAUUAAAUAAUUUAUUAUUAAGAAAAGAUAUGUGUAACUGGUCAAAAGGAAUGCAAAUCAGAUAUAAUCUAAGUCAUUUAGAACAGUGGUUACGUGAUAAUAAAUUGAGUGAGUCUGGUGCAAUCACAGCUUUAGAUCCUAUUAUCCAGGCCUCUCAGUUAUUACAAGCUCGAAAAACAGAUUCAGAUGUAGAUAGUAUUAGUGAAAUGUGUUCAAAAUUAACCAAUGCACAGAUCGUAAAGAUAUUAAAUCUGUAUACACCAGUUGAUGAAUUUGAAGAAAGAGUACCGAUAUCAUUUAUACGUAAAAUUCAGGAGAAAUUAAAAUCACGUGAUGAUACAAAUAAUACUUUAUUAAUGGACACUAAAUAUUCUUAUCCAGUUACAUUCCCAUUUAACCCUUCCAAUAUACAACUAGAAACCAUAGAGGUUCCUGAUAUAUUACAUAUAUCUAAUAUAGUCAAGAAGGUCUAG